CCGAACUCCCCUCACUAAUAAAGAAGAAAAAACUAUAAGCUUCCCGCAGGUGUUGAGAUUUUCAUUAAAUUUGCUGCAAAACCAACAGAUUUGCAUUCAUUCUUCUGUGAAGAAACAGUUAACAGACAAAAUGGCACAAAUGGACCAAGAGUUGAAGAAGGCCUUCACCGAGAUGCAGAUUAAUAAGCUGGAGACCACUAAAAAGAUCAACAUGAUCGACAUGAAGUGCGACAUGGUAAAGACGGGCAAACACAAGUACCAGCUGACGGAAAAGGGCACCAGCAGUUUGUCUGACGACACAAGAGUUUACCAAUCCGUCGGUCGCAUGUUCCUGCUGACCGAUGUGCAGAAUAUGCGCGAGGACCUGAAGGCUAAGCAGGAAAAGUGCGACAAGGCGAUAGAACUGCUGGAGAAGAAGAAGGAGUUCCUGCAGAAGUCACUUAAGGACCAGGAAGACGGUCUGCGCGAGCUGGUGCAACAGCGCAAGGAAGCCGAUCAGACUGCGAAAUAGACUACAACUCCAAACCGGCAUUUAUCCCUCAACGCAACUGCUUAUUUAUUUUCAAUAUACUCGUCUAAAUUGAAGUUGGCGUAGCUGACAAA